UCAUUUAUUUCCCCAUGAUAUAUUCCCGGUAGACAGUGGAAUUUCCAAGCCCGACUUAAACUGAUCAAACGAGGACCGGGCCGGCAUGGGUCAUCCAGUAUCAACAACGAGCGGCGAUUCCCUUCCACUUUUCUUUAAUUUCUGAAUGUUAUUCGAUAUUUCAUUCAAUUUAAAGUCAUGGGCACAACAAGACUUAGUUUGAUUUCUGUUCUAGUGCAAUGUUUUGGAUUAAUUGUGCUCAUCAAUGGACAGGACAUUGAUUCCUGUUCAACCCCCAGGUCGAAACCGGGAAAUUGUCUAGUAAUUCACGAGUGCCCCUCUUUGUAUCAAUUACUACAGAGGCGACCAAUUAAAAGGGUCGAUUCAGAUUACCUAAGGAACUCACAGUGUGGUUUUCAAGGAACAUUUCCGAAAGUAUGUUGCCCAAUAGGUUCCGAACCAGAAAGUCAAUCAACACCUGUGGCCCCACCUAGACCCACUAGCAGACCAACAAUUUCAGGUGGUGGAGGUUCACAAGGGGCGUCAUUGCUGCCAACAAAGGAGAAUUGUGGUGUCGGUACAGAAAACAGAAUUUACGGAGGUGAAAAAACGGAUUUGGAUGAGUUCCCAUGGAUGGCUUUAAUACAAUAUGAAAGACCAAAUAAACUUCGCGGAUUUUACUGUGGUGGAGUGCUGAUAAACAACAAGUACAUUUUGACUGCUGCUCAUUGCGUGAUUGGAAAGGACUUGCCCAAAGAUUGGAAACUGAUAAGUGUUCGUUUGGGAGAAUACAAUCUCGAUGAUCCCAUUGACUGUAUAACCUACAAACAAAAUAACUUUAAAGAUUGCGCACCAGAACCGCAAGACAUUGCUGUUGAAGAUAGGAUACCACAUUUUCAAUACGAUCCCUAUGAUCCUAAUCAACCCAAUGACAUUGCUCUAUUGAGACUUGUAAGACCUGCUGUUUACACAGAUUAUGUAAAACCAAUUUGUUUACCAUCCACACCUGCUGAAAUCAACAAAAAUUACAUCGGUAAAAAAGUUUUUGUUGCUGGAUGGGGCAAAACUGAGUCAAAAACUGAAAGCAAUAUCAAACUUAAACUACAGGUUCCUGUGAAAUCCCCUGACAUAUGCACUACCACCUACCGCAAAGCCAACGUAGCUCUUUCCAACUCAACGCAGAUUUGCGCUGGAGGUGAAAAAGGCAAGGACUCGUGCAGAGGUGACAGCGGCGGCCCGCUGAUGAGCCUGGAGAAGGACGAAAACGGAAAUAUCAACUGGUUCUCCAUCGGUGUCGUGUCCUUUGGGCCAUCGCCGUGCGGCAUGGAAAAUUGGCCCGGCGUCUACACUAAUAUUGCUCACUUUAUGCCUUGGAUUUACAGCCAAGUCAAGCCAUAAGUCAUUAGAUAAUGUAUUUUAUUGUGUGAUAAAUAAAUAUUUUAAUAGAGCCGUCCUAAUAGGUAUAAUUUUUUUUCUAAAAAAUAAAAUUUGUCUUUGCUGUAUUAAUUU